GGGUGUAAACAUGGUAUCUUAACAACUGGGACGAACAAUAAAAAUGAGAUAGACUAGAUUUAUUGUUCCAAACCACUGCAGAGGUGUACCUCUUUUCAUCUUUAUUUCUUACGGAACAUUUAGAAUACAUUUUUCCUCGGCAUAUGAAAAUGUAUGUGACAUAUUUAAUAUUGAAAUCAAGCAUUGUAUUCCUAACCAUUUCUUCUUUCUUGACAAACAAAAUAUCUGUUACUGGACACUCAGAAAAAGAAUAUUCUCUAUUAUUGAUUUCUUUUGAUGGAUUCAGGUGGGAUUAUCUUUCAAAUAUGCGACCAGACAAUAUACCGAACUUUCAAAGGGUAAUUUCAUCUGGUGUUCAUGCCAAAGAAGGAUUAAAAAAUGUAUUUCCCACCAAUACUUUGCCAAAUCAUUGGUCAAUGGUUACGGGCUUGUAUCCAGAGAGCCAUGGUGUUCUUGAUAACCAUAUGAGGGAUCUGAAUAUACAAAAAAUAUUUGUGCCACUAUAUGAAAAUAACAGUUAUCAAAAUGAUUUUAGAUAUUAUGAUGCUGGGGGAGAACCAAUUUGGGUGACCAAUCAGAUUCAAAAAGAACAUGGUAGAAGCGGAAGUAUUAUGUGGUGGGGAAGCGAAAAUUCAGUGAAAUGGGUAAAACCAACAUUUCAGAUGCCUUAUGACGACAUGGUCGCAUUUGAAAAAAGAAUUGACACAAUUAUACAAUUGUUUAACUCUGAAUAUCCUAUCAAUUUGGGCCUUGUUUACUUUCCUGAACCUGAUCAUACUGCUCAUAUUUAUGGACCUAAUUCGGAUGAGGUAGUGAAGCAGAUUUUGAAUGCAGACCAUAUCAUAGGAUAUUUGCUAAAGAAACUGGAGGAUAGUGACUUAUUAGAUGAUUUAAACAUAAUCAUCACAAGUGAUCAUGGAUUCACAAACAUUUCGAAAGAUACAGUAAUUAAUCUUGAUAAUAUUAUUGACUCAUCUCAUUAUGAUCUUUUAACUCAUGGACCUAUGUCUGCUGUUUCUAUAUUUCCUAAGGAAGGUAAGAAAACUUAACUUUGUAUGCUUCACAAUAUGUUAUCAGAUGAUGUACUAGAUGAUUUUUCCAUUUUAUUCUCCAAAACUAAUAGUAAAGACUGCAGCUUAGGACUCGUAAUCAAAUCCAAGUUUAGUGUUUGCAUGCUUUUGAUUUGAAACUGUUGCUUAUAUUAUUUAUGCUAUCUAAUAGGUACAUCCUGCAUUGAGUAAUACAUGCUUUAAUAGACCUUGACAGUCUGUGCACAAAGAAUUUUAGCUUAGUUACAUGAAAUAUGGAAUUCGACAUCAACAAAGUACUUAUAUUAACAAUAUGUACGAGACUAUCUAACACUAACAGGAAAAAUAAUUAUUAGUUUUUAAAAAAUUGUGAUUGAAACUGGUACAGAAUAUCAAACUACCCAGGACAGUGUUGCUCAACUGGGACAAUCAUGAUCAAACCAGAACAUAGAGUAAGCCUAAUUAUUUGCAGCUAAUUAGCCCAAACCAUGGCACAACGGAAUUAUGUGAAAUUUGUUUUUCUUUCCUGCACCCAAACCCACUCAACUCCUAUAGUAAGUUGAGAGACAGACUUGGUAUAUUUUCUUUUCUGUUAACAUUGUGGGGGAACCAUGAGUUAGAUCACUUUUACAAAGCACACUAGUUCCGAGGUGAGCUGUUUUAUUAUUGAACUAAGUCAUUGCUAGCACCAAGAGACAGUUUGGGAGUUUACAGAUGGUGUAUGUUAUUGUUCAAAUUUUUCCACCCAGCAUGACACUGGUAUAAGGGUAGAGCUUAUCAUUUUGUUGAGCAACACACAGAAAAGGGUGGUUUGUUCUAUAUCAGUUAACUUCCAGGCAUACUCAGGAGGAUAGGGCACAUUUGAGAAUGUGAAAGCGAAAGGCCCCACAAAUUAGGCAGAUGUAAAAGGGAGAAAUUAGGGGCAAAGUUUAAAAAAGCGCUUUAAAACUCUCAUUUUAAUCACAUUUUAAAUGUGAUUGUUUCAUAUUAUAAUUCUUUAUUUAAAUUUACUGCUCUGCUAUACUGCUAUACUAUACAUAGUACUUGUUGUUUUAUUGAAGUUAAUAUAUUAUUAGUUAGUACAAUGAUAAAUAAUAUAACUAAGACUAAAAAUGAUUACCAAAAAAAUUUAUUUGACAGAUCUCUGACACAACAUUUGACGAACAGAAAUUCAAGUUCUCUGUAAAUUUAAAUGCUGUCAGAAUAUAAAAUCUUAAAUUUGCUGCUGGGGGAACAAUUUCAACAAAAAAUAUAUAUAUUUAUGUGCAUUACUAAUUAUUCAUAUUUAUUUUACACUUGUUGCAGGAGACUUAGAGGAAGUGUUUUCUAAUUUGCAUGAUGCAUCCAUCAAGGGACAAUUUAAUGUAUACAAGUCAGAAGAAAUUCCUGAUCGUUUUUAUUAUAAGCAUAACCCAAGGGUACCACCUAUCUUAGCUGUAGCAAAACCUCCAUAUUCCUUUGUUACAAAUGGAGAUAAUUUUACUCUGGGUAAAUAUUUUUAUUCAUUCCAAAAUGUUUUAACUUUAAUGCAGUUAUUUACAUUAUCUUUAGUGUGAAGUUUUUAAAAUGUUAUUUUGAUGGGAGCACCUCCUAUUUAGAGCAUUGUAAUUGUAAUUGUUUUUAUUUUAAAAUUAUGAAAGUUUUGUUUGGUUUCAAAGUCUUAUUACAAAUUCUAUGAUGAAGUCUAUUCAUCAAAGUACCUAAAACCAAUUAAGUUUUUAAUUUGAUAACUAAAUGUACCCAUUUUAAAGUCAUAAUAUAUUUCUUUAUCUCACAUUAAUUACUUUUUAUUCUCUUUUGCAGCUGGGAACCAUGGCUAUGACAAUGAAAUUUCUGACAUGCACCCAUUUUUCAUGGCUAUAGGUCCCUCUUUUAAAAAGGGGUUUUUAGUUGAUUCGUUUAACAUUGUUGACAUCUACCCUUUGAUGUGUCAUAUUUUGGGUCUUCAUCCAUCUGCUAACAAUGGCAGUAUGAAAGUUGUAUCUCUACUGCUGCAUGAUGGCCCAGAAAACACCAUGUGGACUUUUGGUACCUGUAAGUAAUAAACAUUGCUUAAAAAAUAGUAAAAGCCUUUUUUUUUCCUGGAAUAUGAGUUAAAUAGUAUUGGCUACCAAAGUACUACUAAAUAUAACAAUACUAUCAUUAAAUCUGGAAAUAUUAUACUGGAUAUUUACACUUUUUGAUGAUGCUAAGAGAUGGAACACUGAAGGAAUUUUAUUCAUUUAGAUACCGGUAUGCAUAUAAUUUUGUAGGCUUUUUCAGUGUGGAAUAAAGUAGGACAAUAAGCUUCUCAAGUAAAAUUAGGAUAUGCCCAAAGCAAUGUUUUUUAAGAGCAAUGGAAAUGUUCAACUAUGCCAGGUGCAUACAACAUUUUUUCUUCGUGAACUAUGGUAUUUCAUAGCAUGACUUCAUACACUGUAUUAACUAACAUAAAAGAAUACACAUUAUUUCAAAUGUGUCUGGGGGUGCUGGGUAACAGAGAAAGGUUUGAGCUUGAGAAUUUUGGGGGUGAGAUGGAGAUAUUUAAAUUGUCUGUGAAAAUACUGAAUACCAACUAUUGGUUUUCAAAUUAAGACAAUCUUACUAAUCUAUUCACAGCUCACAACAAAACAAUACAAUUAUUAUGUAUGAUUUUGAUCUGUAGGAGUGUUAAUACUAUUGUAUUCUGUUUUGGGGCAGAGCUAACGCUCUAAUGGCCCCGGCAAGCACUAACAGGCGUGCCGCAUGUGCAGGGCAUCGCCGUAUGUAACUUUUAUUGAUUGUAAGUCCUACAUCAUUGUACCGUGAGAACAAAUAUUAGUGCCGUGCGAAAAAUCAUUGCCCUAUGCAUAAAUAACAUGAUCUGUUACACCGUAGAUCAGGAUUUGUAUGUGGAUGUCUGGGGUGUUCCCAACCCCUCCAUGCAUUAGUGUCAGGCACUUGGCUAGCAAGGGCACUACUGUCUCCGGCACCUGUCGGCAAUGACAGCGGCUCAGAUCCCAAAGAGGAUGCAAUCUGCUCAGUGUGUAGGAGUGUUAAUAUAUUGUUGUAGCGGAUGUAAAUAACUUCAGUUUAUUUCUACAUUUGGUGACUAAUUUUUCAAAAUUUUUAAGUACAACAAUAUAAGUAGCGGCAUAUUUAUACAUUGAAUAAAUUAAGUUCUAAAUGGUCAAGUACACAAAAAUGUAUUUCCAUCUUAAACUCAUAAAUGCUUUAUUUAAAUUUCAGAUAUUUUAGUGCUCAUUGUCAUAGCCAGCAUUGGAGGUGUGUUCACUGUAGCAGCAUGCCGUCAACAUCGAUAUUUAAAGCGCAGGAUUUUACAGCUGAGACUAUCUCCUCUUCAAACAUCAAUAAAAUAUUCCACACCACCUACAGGAGAUGCUAAGACAUCCCUGCUGUCUGGCGAUGAUGAAGAUGAAGAUGAUUUUGAUGAUGCACAUGAUGAUGAUAAAAUGUUAGAGAUUGUUACGAACAAAUGGUAGAGUGCUUUGCAUUUUCAAAAGUAAAAUUUUUUAUGUACCAUGGUGGAUAUUAAGGGAAAAUUGCUAUGUAUGCACUUUGAAAAUUUCAGAGAUUUCAAAUUUUUCCCUUAACUUAGCUUAUACACAUGAUUUACUGAAUCUGUAGUAAAAGUUUUUCAUCAUUUGAAAUUCAUCCGAACUCUUCAUUAAAUACAAAAUAGGAAACAAUGUCACUUGAUAGAUUAAAGGAUAUUAAAUAUAGGAUAUAGGUUAUUCAAGAAGCGUGCUAAUAGAAUUUUACAUCUUAAUUAAAAAUAAUAUAAAUUCUGCAAGAAUACUGAUUAGUAUAUAUUUAUCUUAGAACUGCAGAGUUCUAGCUUGUUAAAUGAAUAAAGAUGGAGCUUAGUUUACUUUAGAUGAAACUUUGAACUCUGAGAUAGUUUAAAUAAAUAAAUAUUAUGAAUUUUAGUAAAUGCUAUUAUUGGCUUGCAUACUAUAAUGUUGAUUUAGACCAGGGUCAGAUUUUAAAAGUAUGCUUAGCAUUUGAAGUUCUGAAUGGAAUAUAAAAAAGUUUGAUGAGGGGCAUCCAUACAUAAUUUACUGGAACAUAAAAAAAAUUGUAAAAAAAAAAAAGGUCAAAUUUGUAUACAUCCCAACCCCAUGUUAAUCUGCUGUAAAUUUUUCAAAACCCCCAUCUUUACAUACAAAUUAGAAUUUUUCACACGCACAUCUCCUUUAAAGCAUAUUUUAUGCAUUAUUAUGGCAUUCCUCUGAAACUAAACAAAGUCAUCCUAAACUGCAUUCAAAGUAAGUUACAGGUUCACUCCCUGUUUGGCAUUGAUCAUUGGUUCUCAGACUGUGCCAUGUGGCACCCUGAGGAGCUGCAGCUUCCUUGCAGGGGCGCAGUGAAAAUAUUACACAAUGG